AUGCCAUGUCACAGUUUACGCUCACGUUUCCGAUCACGCUCACGAUCACGAUCACGAUCACCUAUGCGUAGUCGCCGUCGUUAUCGUAGUCCGUCAAGUAUGCUACGCAAACUGUACUGGAUAACUGAUGGCAAAAGCCCACGUAGUUCAAGCAGACGACGACGUAAGCUACGCCGUUCUCGUCCACGUACUCGGCGUUCUUACUCACGUCUUCGUCGCUCACGAUCUCCGUACCGAUAUUAUACUAACCUAUCCAGAACUCGUCGUCGUCGUCGUCGUUCCACGUUUGCUCCACAACGAAGACGUCGGCAAGUACCUUCGAUCGAGUUGGUUGUGCACAGACGGCGGCGAUUGACAUGGCAUAAAAAAGGAGAGAAAUCAACCUUUAUGGAAUGGAAGAAGAAAGAGAAAGAAGAAAACUGA